GGGCGACCCGAGGGGCGAAACCCUACCCCCGCCGCCUCCCUUCCCUGCUCGCCCUCCCCUCGCCGCCGCCGGAGACUGCUGCCGCCGAGCAAGCUUGGCGCGCCGUCGAUGAAGGUGGCGGCGGGGCCCUCGCCGCCUCGCCUCGUCCGUGGGAGGCCUCUGGAUCUGGGGCGGCGGCCCCGGCUGGUGAGGCGUCGCCGGCUUCGGCAUCCGGUGGCGCGGGCGCAGGUCGGCGGUUCUCGGCCGUGUGGACGGCAAGAUCCCCGAAUAAUGCGGGCCAGCGCGCGGCGGCAGCGUUUGCUCCGGCUGCAUCAGAUCUGGCCGCCCCCACUGCCCUUCUUCUCCAGCAAGCUCCUCCCCUCCCCAGAUCCGGCCUGCCUCGUCGAGGGGCCUCGGUCUGCUCGGGUGGGAGUGGGUGUCAGGAUGUAGGACCGGGGGAAACUCCAGCCAGCCAUGCCGGCGGCGACAGCGGCGACGCCCGCGGGCGCCGCGCACCUUCCCGGAGGCGCCGUUCAGGUGGAGUGUGUUGGCGGCGGCAGCGUGCGUCCUGCGGUGGCGGUGUCUUCCUUGAUGCUGGGUCAAGUUCUUAUGGUGCUCUUCGCCGGGCUGCAGUUUAUUCCUCCGGUGCCCUUGGAUCUUCCAGGACGGGAGGGGAUAGGGUUCCCCUCCUACGGUGGCUGCACUUCAGCUCGUCGAGCGAGCCGAAGCUCCCAAUUUGGUCUUGGCCCUCGCUGUUGCCCAAUUGUGCAUUCUGACCGCUCGCCCUCUUCCAAGUCAGAACUUUGGCAUAUGGUGUUGCUCUGCUCUAGGUGAGUCAUCGUCGGCAUGUCGGGAACGCCUGGUUCCGCCCAAGUGGUUUCUUGAGGCCAUCCAUCUAGGCUCUAGGGUGAGCAUGUCCAUCGCUCAACGGUGCGGCGCCUUCGAGCCAGGCGAGGAGGCAGGGGCCUUUGACGAUGGAUCUGGAUGGAUGUAUCUUUCUUCAAGCCCAGGUUUUGGCAACGGCGUGCCUUGCAUCAUCGUCGGUGCACUCUCCUGACCAGGAUUUCGCUUUCGCCUUGGUUUUCGGCGUGCAAGAGGAUAGUGGCAUCUCCAAGCUAUAUGCUUUACGCCAAUCUUUCUAACUAGCUUGUAGUAUGUGCAUUGUGAGCUGUUCCUUGGCGCCCCCGUAUCUUUGCUGUAUGUUUUCUUUGCUUUAGUUGGUGAGUGGUAUUUUUAGAGUUGUAAUCCUGGCCUGUUGAUGGCUUUGUUAAUUCAAAGCCGGGCUCUACUUGAGCCUUUGUUCUA